GAAAAUGAUUGUUGUUUGGUGAUUGUACAUUUACAUAAAAGUUACUUAAAUAAUAAGAUGACAAUGGAACCUUGUUCUAAUAAACUGUAUGCAGUGUGAUUGUAUCCGAUAUGAGUAGAACUUAAUGGCGGGUAACUUGGUCAUGAACGUCAUCUCCAGAUUAAUCUCUACACGAAUGAGAUAACGCUGAAAUGAUAACGAAUUCUUUAGGAUUUAUAAGUAUCUGCGUCGUAUUUUUUAUAGUUAUUUUAAGAAGAAUUUAAUUGGAAGAGGGCCAUGUCGUGUAGUGUUAAGUGUUUAUUAUGAUAACCAGCUCAAGUUUGAUUACAUCAUGACUUGGAACCCUUUGAAAAGAAAUCAUCUGACACAACGUCCCAAUCCAGCACCACCUCUUCUUUCUCACGAAGAAGACAGAGACUUGGAUGUUGCUGUUCAGAAACUCAUUUACGUCGAGGAGUCUAUCAGGAAGAUGACCAAAGAAAUGAAGAAGUACCUGGAAAUUGUAAGUCAGUUGGACCGUGUUGAUCAACGUCUGAGUAUGAAUUUAAGUACCAGUGGACUGGCACAUGUAAGCGACGAAUUUCGUAGGAUAGUUGAAGAAUAUCACUCUGUUACCACACAGGUAGGUAAAAAUGUGCAAGAGAUGACAGCCCUCUGUCAAAAAACCUUUCUGGAGCCCUUGAAGAAACUUCGAGACGAAUUUGUAUAUAUUGCUGCUGCUGUAGCAAAGCGUGAGGAGCUUGUUACUAUUUGGAAGACUGCUUAUCAGCGAAUGAAAAGAUUAGAGAUGAAGAAGGAGAGAACCGGUACCCACAUAGCAAAGUUAGAACGUGAACGAAGAACAGAAGAAGCUGCUGCAAAGGACCUCAGGACUGUGCACGCUCAGCUCCUUUCAGAACUACCUGCAUUCCUUGACAAGAGAUUGGAGUACAUCAAACCCAGUGUACAUGCUCUUAUAAUGAUUCAGCUAAAUUACUAUGGAAACACUACAAGAUUAUUUACACAGUUAAUGCCUGUUGAAAAUUCACGAGUUUCACCAGGAAGUGCGACGAUGUCUGACACAGAAUUUGACAAAAUAAUCUCGACAGAAUUAUCACGAAUACGAGAUUUAACCAUUGUGAAGGACGACUGAACCUACCACUUUAAAUUUAUGAAUUGUAAUAAAGAUACGUAAGUGAUAAUUGUGAGAUUAUAGUGGACUAUAAGGUAAA